GAGAUCUCGAACGUUAGGCGACAUAUGAUAUGUCGAUGUCAAUGGCCACCUGUUAUCUCUACUCCCUUCUUAUAUAGAACCUUAAAAAAAAUUCGAAAGUAUCCGACCAUAUGUAUUUGAAGUUGGGACUUGGGUUUGUCUCCAAAGUGGUCCUCCCCGUAUCUUCCGACCUGACUGGUGGUGCGCAGCUAUGCCUACAAGCUGUGCCUCCCCUUCGCCUGCACCGUUCUCCUCUUACUCGUCCGUCCAUCCCCCAACAUCAUCGCUCUACUCUCCAUUGCCCUGGCCUUCAUCCGGGACUUCGUCACCUUCCCGUGACCGCUUCUUUAAUCUCUUGAAGUCAUCCCCAUUGCCAAGGCCUCAGCCGAGCCCUCUCGCCGCUCAUCCGGGCUCUAGCCUCGCUAAGUCCUCCCCCGCCCGAUGCAGUCGCUCUACCUCGCGCCCCGACCCUCAGGCCAACCCACUUUCAGGUGUUUUCUUCACGUUCUUUCAGGAGCUCGGGCUAAGCGAGAAAGAGUCGGUGUUGCUUCUCAACCGGAAUCAAGAACUGAGGCAUGUGCAUGUAGAUUCGUUACGUGCCCGGGUUGAGUCCUUAAGAUCACAGGGAAUCAAUGGACUUGAUAUUUCUUGCUUGGUUUCCAAGUCUCCCGAUGUACUCACAGCAGAUGAGACUGGUUCGCUGUUAUGCGUCAUGAGGGAUGAAUUGGAGGGGAAAAUUAGUCCUGCCCAGCUCAAGAGGCUCUUGAUUUCAACAGACCCCCGGUUCUUGGCAGGCUUCGAACAGAAAGUCAAUCUGCUGUUUCAGUACGGAGUUCCUAAAGAAAAGGUUGUUCACAUCCUCAACAAUGUCAACCUAGCCAAGGCCUUCUGUCUCAAGUCGAUUGGAGAAAUUGACAGACUGAUUGAUUUUCUGAGCGACUAUGGUGGAGUUGAUCUAAUCAUAAGGCGCCCUUUGAUUUUAAAUUAUCAUUUAAAUGAGCAACUAAUCCCGAGAGUUGAAUUUCUCUUGCGACUCAGUGGGGGAGACAGAGAUACCACUGCCUGCGUGAUCCGGAAACUCCCUGCAAUUCUGAGUUACAGUGUAGAGCAUGUGGAGGGCCAUGUGGAGUUCUUCAGAUCUUCUGCAGGACUAAAUGAUUCUGAGAUCUUCAGGAUCAUGCUCGUGUUCCCGAACAUGAUUAGUGCAAGCAAGGACAGGAAGCUGCGCCCCAGGAUCGAUUUUCUCAAGCAGUGUGGCUUGAGUUCCAUUGAGAUAUUUAAGCUCUUGAUUAAAGCCCCGUUGCUUUUAGGUCUCUCUUUUGAGGAUAACCUUGCAUAUAAGCUCGGGUUUUUGGUGAAGAUCGGCUACAAAUUCAGAACAAAGGAAUUGGCAGUGGCAAUGGGGGCAGUGACCCGAACAAGCUCCGAGAACCUUCAGAAGGUGGUCGGGCUUUUCCUUGGUUAUGGGUUCUCUUGCUCAGAUAUUCUUGCUAUGAGCAAGAAGCAUCAUCAGAUACUGCAAUAUAACCCGAGUUCUCUGGAAGAGAAGGUUGAGUACUUAGUCGGGGAGAUGGGCCGUGAAAUUGAGGAGUUACUAACUUUCCCAGCAUUUCUUGGCUACAGGCUCGAUAGUCGGAUUAAGCACCGAUAUGAGGCAAAGAAAGAUAUCAAAGGAGAACGGAUGUCUCUCAACAAGCUUUUAAGUGUCUCAGUUGAGAGGUUUUCUGCGGGAACAGUGAAAAAGAUAAUGAAGAAAUGCUGAAAACAGAUUGACAUUCGACUUGCAAGCUUAAGUUCAUGGUAUACUGUCCGCUAAUCCGAUGGAUUGCAAUUCCUAGGAGAGCUUGGUUUAUCUUUGGAUUCUAAUCACUAUCCGACGGCUCAUGAUUUGACUAAUUCAGUUAUGGUUCAUUCAGUUAACUGAAUGGCGAAACAGGAAAAGUUCAUUACUCAAGUCUUGGAUUUGGGCAAAGAUGACUCCAACUCAAGAGUUUCAGCCAUAAGUCUGAGAUUGACCGAAUCAUGUCUCUUUUCAAUUGUGAGUUUAAUUAAAUUCUUCUCCCGCAGAGAUAUUACAUACAUACAUAUAUAUAUUUAAAUAUUCCCUACAAAGGCCUUCGAAUUCUUCCUUCUUGCAUGGAAAUAGUUCUUAUCAUA